AUGCUGCGGCGUUUGAGCAAAACACCGUUCCCAUUUGAUUCCGUCUCUGCUGCUGCUGAUGAUGAUGAUGAUGAUGACGACGACGAUGAUGAUGAUGAUGAUGAUGAUGAUGAUGAUGAUGAUGAUGAUGAUGAUGAUGAUGGCGGUGAUCGCCUGAAUUCUAAUACUACCAGCAACCUGUACGUCUGGGUGGUUUUUCAUGAAAAGUGUGACCCUGUCUCCGGUUUUGAUGGCGAGUUGACAGGGGAACUUUGGAGAUCUGUGACCAGUGUAAAAUUAGACGUAUGCGAACAACGUGCCGUAGGGGGCAUUAUUAUCCCCGGCAUUCGUAAGUACACACCCGCGGGCACGAACAUGCUUAAAAUGCCGACGAAGCUCAUUCGCCUUACAAAUUUGUAUUUGAAUAGAUAGCAUGUCAUAUCGAAUGCAAUUUCCGUAGCAUGAUCGAACACGAGGAAUGGUGACGAAAAACGCAAGAACAGACGUCCCUGCACGGAGGAAUCGGACAUGGGUAAUGGUGACAGUACGACAAUCGGUUUCGAUGAUGUCCACCGUGUGCCCCACAGUUGCAGCAGCAGUGGGAGCAGGGACGGUGACUUACGCAGGGGUUUAUAGUGUCAGUAGAUUUGCGUAGCAUCUACCUACACUCGCUCCUCCUCCCUCGCCCUAGUCCGGUGUCAAGACAGAGUCCAGAAGACCGGAGACGAGGGAGGCCGCAGGUGGAUGGCUCGGACGGAUCCUCACCUUGGCGUUCCACCACACCCCCUGGUCCACACAACAAUAACCAGAAUUUCAACCAACAACAGAGAUUUGGAGGCUGGCAAGACCGAAGCCGCACCUAAACGUACUGCCAACGCCUGGCUCGGAUCCCACACUAUGAUGGGAGUGCCAUAA